UUACUGCUACAUUUAACAACUAACUGACACGAGUGUGUGAUUUUAGUAUUUGAAAAAUUUUAAGAGAACACUACGGUACUAUGCAGAUAUUAAUAUUUAAAUUUUAGUAGGAAAUAGAUCAAAUACGUCAUUUCGGAUAGGCUGUUAAAAGCUAUGUUAAAAAUAUUGUGAUGUCUUCAGUAACAUUUCAGCAGAAACCAUUUUUUCCUACUCCUCCAGAUAAAGGAAGUUUUCCCCUUGAUCAUGAAGGAGAAUGUAAAAAACAAAUGCUGAAGUACUUAUUAUGUUUGAACCAAAAAGACAACUCUAAUAUUGUAUGUAGAUCUUUAGCAAAAGAUUACCUUCAGUGUAGAAUGGAUAAGAACUUAAUGGCUCGUGAAGACUGGGAUAAACUGGGAUUUUCAGAAAAGCAAGAUAGUUAGAAUAUUAUAUAUCAUGUUAAUACUUUUCCUUGUGAUAUUUGUGAACUAAAAGGAAAGGGUAUUUUAUAAUUUCUUCUAGCAGAGAUAAUGUAUUUAUAAUAUUAAAAUUUGUACCUUUGAAUGCAAAUGAAUAUUUAAUAAAUAUACACUAUAUAAAUAA